AUGCUUGGUCCAGGGUAUUUUUUCAUUAUCUUGAUCAUCGCAUGCCAAGAAUGCCAUUCGUUUUCGUCGACGAAUCUAGUAGCCUUGAGGAGAGCCGCAUUUUCACAUGGCUCAGACUCUAGAAGAGCCAAAGUGGAUCGUCCAGGCCAGAAUGACAGCGGUUAUGUUGACAUCGUCGAUGGCUAUCAAAAAGUCAACAGUUCUGUCCAUGGUGUCACACUGAAAAUUGCGAUUGAUAAGCAAGGAGGUGUUGCAGACUUGUCCAGCGAAAAGUUGGGUCGAUUUACUUGUGGCGCCAGCUUAGACAUGGUCCAUCGAUUGAGAAGGUGCAGUGAUGGUGUACUUGUUGGAAAGGCCACGGUGGUAGAAGAUGACUGCAGUUUGACAGUUCGACGGGUUCCCUUGGAUAUAGUGGACCACAAUGAAGAACUGCUCGAACAGGAUCGCAACGACAAGCGGAAUCCACAAAAGCGCCGCCAGCAGCCAGUUCGAGUGGUAAUUGACUCUCGUAAGACAUUGGAUUUGUCCAAAUAUACCAUUGCUCAGGAUGGGUUGCGAACAAUUAUUGUCCACAUGAAUCCUACUUGUGUUCGAUACACGAGUGACGAGUUUCCAAAUGUGGAGUUUUUAGGAUUACCUCCCCGAAUCGAGUCUGAGAUGAAGCCAUGUUCAACCCUGUCGUCGCAAGAAAUCUGCGAAAAAUUGGGAUCUCUUUUUGGAAUUCAGCAUCUCAUGGUUGAGGGAGGACCUCAAACAGCAAACUCUUUUCUUAGAGAACGCAUGGUCGACAGAGCUAUUAUCGUUCGAGCUCCAAUUGCCUUUCGUAAGCCUCUCUUGUGGGAACCAUGGUCGUCAUCUCAAACGUCGUCACCCCUUGAAGAAGCAGGAUUGGCAUGCGUUGGAACGGAAAUGUCUGGUGUAGACACUAUUGAAUACUGGUCGAGACCUGGGAAUGGUUGGCCCUCCGACCCAAACCCACUUUCUACGUGGCCAUGA